AUGCCCGCCACCUACAAGCCAUCGCCCCUGAUAUUUGCAUAUUUCUCGGCGCUGAUAAUUGGCUGCGCGUGGGGUCAGAGGGGGGCGUGUCCACGCGACGGAAAGCAUAAGGCCACGCCCAGUCCGGAGCCCCAACUGACCGAGUGCAGACUGUAUGCUGACAAUGCCUGCUGCACUGUUGAUGAUCUCCAGGAUUUGGUAGCACCCUCUGUCCCUGGUGUGGAGAGUGGAUUUUGGGACAGAUGCGGAGCUCUCAGUCCCCCGUGUGAGGGCUUCCUAAAGCGCGUGGCCUGCUUCCAGCGUUGCUCCCCGGACGCGGUGCACUGGACAUCCCCACGGCAUUCGACCACUGCCCAGGCUGUGCCUCUGUGCCACAGCUUCUGCAGGGAAUGGUAUGAGGCUUGCAAAACAGACCUGACAUGUGCACGCAACUGGAUGAUUGACUGGAAGGGGAGAAACUGUACAGGGAACUGUGUGCCAUACCGACAGAUGUACCAGCACGAGAGGGAUCUCUGUGAAAGCCUGUGGGGAGAUCACUUUGUGACUAUGGUGGAUGAGGAGGGUGACCAGUGGAAGGGGCGAACCUGUGGCUGCCUGACCUUAAGCCCUUCUGACAGGGAGGUGGUGGCAGCCCACCAGGCCCAGGAGCAGGACCUGGAGCUGGACACCACCAAGGCAGGCUUACCACAGUACCGAGACCCACAUGAUGCACAAAGGCAAAUCGAAGCAGCUCUGCUGGUAGCACACAACCGCAUGGCCCCGGACAACAUGGCCAUGGACACACAACCCGCAGCCUGUGCGGAUGGCACUGACGGCAGCGGCAGCGGGUUCUAA